CAAGUGAAAUAACGUUGUUUGCUUAGAAGCCAUAAGUUUGUUAGUGAGAAAAAAUUACUUUUCUAUUAGCGAGUAAGCCACAGUCACAGCUCCUGGAUUUCGCCAAAUCUAUCGAAUAUCCUAUCCUAAUGUUAUUAGUAGUAUUUUCCUCACCAGCCAUCAACCCCUCUCCGUAACCCCCGUUUCCUUAAAAUUUCCUCUAUUUAAUAUGGGGCUGCUGUUAAAUUUACCGCUUGUUUAUCUUGACUUAUUUUCUAACAGAAGUGCUGGAGUGGUGCUCCGGUGAGCUCCGGCAGCACUGCACCCCUGUUUAGAUCCAAGUAACAUGGACCCCGGGAUCAAGCUGCCCGGGUUUAUGAGGUGUUGAUUAGACCUGCGGUGAGCGAUUUAUUGGAAGAAAAGCCCACAACUGGAAGCAAACCACGAAUGAAGAUGAGGGAACAGCAGCAAGUGAACCAGCCCGAGGACUGAGAGCACCAACUGGAGAGAAACCUCCUGACUCGAAGAUUCCAUUGAUUCAGUCCGGAGAAAGUUUGGUUAAAAAUGACAAGGAAUUUAUCUACAUGAAUCUCAACCACAAAACACAAGUUUUGCUCUCUCUGCCCAGAUAUUUAAGAAUUGGAGCAAGAGAUUCAAUCGAUCAUCCUUCCUGCUCAGACUGUGGGGAGGUAUUCACUCUGUCAUCUGACCGACUAGCACGUCUGUCAUUUCACACAGGGAAAGGCCGUUCACCUGCUCAGACAACGGGAAUGGAUUCACUUGGUCAUCUCAACUGAAGGUACAUCAGCAAGUUCAUACUGGACAAGUCCAUUCACCUGUUUUGUGUGUGAGAAGGGAUUGAGUCAGUCUUCCCACCUGUGGAGCACCAGUCAGUUCACACCGGGCAGAGGAUUUACUCUGUCAGCUGACCUAAUGGCUCACCAGCGAGUUCACACUGGGGAGAAGCCAUUCUCCUGCUCAAAAUGUGGGAAAGAAUUCACUCAGUCAUCUGAUCUGCUGGCUCACCAGCGAGUUCACACUGGGGAGAAGCCAUUCACCUGCCCAGAAUGUGGGAAGGGAUUCACUUGCUCAUCUCAACUGAAAGUACAUCAGCGAGUUCACACUGGGGAGAGGCCAUUCACCUGCCCAGAAUGUGGGAAGGGAUUCACUCAAUCAUCCAAUCUACAGAUUCACCAGCGAGUUCACACUGGGGAGAAGCCGUUCAACUGCCUAGACUGUGGGAAGGGAUUCAUUCAGGUAGCUAGCCUACUGAAACACCAGCGAGUUCACACUGGGGAUAGGCCGUUCACCUGCUCAGACUGUGGGAAGGGAUUCACUCAGUCAUCCCACCUACAGAGUCACCAGCGUGUUCACACAGGUGAGAAGCCAUUCACUUGCUCAGACUGUGGAAAGGGAUUCUCUCAGUUAUCCAAUCUACAGAGUCACCAGCAAGUUCACACUGGGGAGAAACCGUUCACCUGCUCAAAAUGUGGGAAAAUAUUCACUCAGUCAUCUGAUCUGCUGGCUCACCAGCGAGUUCACACUGGGGAGAGGCCGUUUACCUGCUCAGACUGUGGGAAGGGAUUCACUUGCUCAUCUCAACUGAAAGUACAUCAGCGAGUUCACACUGGGGAGAGGCCAUUCACCUGCCCAGAAUGUGGGAAGGGAUUCACUCAAUCAUCCAACCUACAGAUUCACCAGCGACUUCACACUGGGGAGAAGCCUUUCACGUGCCCAGACUGUAGGAAGGGAUUCAUUCAGGCAGCUGGCCUACUGAAACAUCAGCGAGUUCACACUGGGGAGAGGCCGUUCACCUGCUCAGAAUGUGGGAAGGGAUUCACUCAGUCAUCCCACCUACAGAGUCACCAACGAGUUCACACUGGGUAGAUGCCGUUCACCUGCUCAGACAUUGGGAAGAUAUUCUCUCAGCCAAGUCAACCAAAUGUGUAUCAUUCAGUUCACACUGGGGAGAGGCCAUUCACCUGCUGUGAAUGUGGGAAGGGAUUCACUCAGUUGUCUAACCUUGAGACACAGUACUGGGUUCACACUGGGCAGAAAGCUGCAAUAAGCUGCAUGCUGGAUAUUUAUCCAUCACCAUUGCUGAAUGCAAUUUCAAGAGUGACUGUCGGUGCUGAACUCUGCAAUUAUUGCUGCUGCUCACCACACCCAGUUCUGCACCCUGGUCACUGGGCUUGGAAGGAGUUUCUUCUGCUGCACAUUCACCUUUAAUGGGACUGGAGUUUAAUAUUCUGGAUCUCUAAACAAAUAAAUCAGUUCUAUUUUGAA